GGUGUGCUGCAGAGGGAUCGCGAGGGUGGGUGGGGGUUGACUCGUAUAUUUCCGCCGCCGCCCGGCCGCUGCUGCUGCUUUUUUCUUGCGGCAGCGCAGGCCUCGAGAGGGAGAACCGUACCGUGGAAUGGUCAACCGGCCGGCGACGCUAGCUUGCGCCACUGGCGGGCGGUGACGGGGGAGAGGCAGGCGGAGAAGCAAUGGAGGAGGGGAGGAGGGGAGGGAGGGAGCACGGGACCGGGAGGGUCGCCGCCGUCUGCAGCGGCGGCGGGGAGGAGAUAGAGAUUGAGGCCGCGGAGGCUUCCUCUUCUGGGCAACGCGGCGGUCUGGACGACAAUGGUGUCCAGGUGCCCGGAUGGAAGAGAUUUCUUGCACAUGUUGGACCUGGAUUUGUUAUCUCCAUCGCAUACCUUGACCCUAGUAACUUGCAAACUGAUUUGCUAGCUGGAUCCAGCCAUAGAUACUCGUUGCUAUGGGUUCUCCUGUUUGGGUUCAUAUUUGUGUUGAUUGUACAAUCGUUGGCAGCAAAUUUGGGUAUCAUUACAGGAAGGCACCUCGCUGAGUUGUGCAUGGGUGAAUAUCCAAAGUAUGUCAAGUACUCCCUAUGGUUACUCGCAGAGCUAGGUGUAAUUGCUGCCACUAUACCAGGAGUUUUAGGAACUGCUUUAGCCUACAACAUGCUACUUCAUAUCCCUUUCUGGGCUGGUGUCUUGGUGUGUGGGGCAUCCACUAUCCUGAUUCUCGGGUUACAGAGUUGUGGGGCUCGGAAAUUGGAGUUCAUUGUAUCAGUUCUUAUGUUGGUGAUGGCUACUUGCUUCUUUAUAGAACUUAGCAAAGUCAACCCUCCUGUUGGAGGGGUAAUUGAGGGGCUUUUUAUCCCAAGGCCCAAAGGAGAAUAUUCUACUUCAGAUAUGGUUGCGAUGUUUGGUUCCCUUAUUGUUCCGCAUAAUCUCUUCCUGCAUUCUUCUUUGGUGCUAACCAGAAUAAUGCCAGAUACUCCCAAAGGACGCAAGGAUACUUCUACAUUCUUCUUGCUUGAGAAUGCAUUAGCUCUCUUCAUUGCACUGCUGAUAAAUGUCGCUAUUGUAUCAGUAUCUGGUACUGUAUGUGCCAAGAAUCUCUCAUCUGCCGACACAAGCACGUGCAGUAGUCUGACAUUGAAUUCAACUUCUGUACUACUCAAGAAUAUUUUGGGAAAAUCAAGUUCAACUGUGUAUGGUUUGGCCCUUUUAGCUUCUGGACAGAGCUGCACAGUGGCUACGAGUUAUGCUGGCCAAUACAUUAUGCAGGGCUUCUCCGGAAUGAGAAAGUGUAUCAUAUAUCUAGUUGCUCCUUGUUUCACCUUAUUACCUAGUUUGAUAAUUUGCAGCAUUGGUGGUACUUUACAUGUGCAUGGAGUUAUCAACAUAGCUGCGAUCAUAUUAUCAGUUGUGCUGCCAUUUGCUCUAAUUCCUCUUAUCAAAUUCAAUAGCAGCUGCACAAAUAUAGGACCAUACAAGAAUUCAACAUCUAUUAUCCGAAUUGCGUGGAUACUGUCAUUGGUGAUUAUUGGAAUCAAUAUCUAUUUCUUCUGCACUAGCUUUGUCAAUUGGCUUGUCCAUAGCGACCUUCCUAGGGCUGUCAAUGCAGUAAUUAGCACCCUUGUUUUCCCUUUCAUGGCGGCCUAUAUUGCUGGUCUGAUCUACCUGGCUUUCAGAAAAGUUAAUAUCUCUACUCCAUUCCCGACCAGUUCAGUUUCUUGUGAGAUUGAAGUUCAACACAUGCAAAUACAAGAGAAGAAUGAAGAAUUAGGCGUACAUUUGUGAAUAGAAAAAGAUAACGCGCUCUGUCCAUGUAAUUCUUCUAUGGACAUGCAUCAAGUUGUUAAUGUAGCUUGUACUGAAAUGGGGCUUCAAUUAACUGAAGAUGUAUAUAGCUCGAAAUCAUUUACAAAUGCUGUAGCUAGCAACUGUUUGUAUGUAGCAAAAUUUUCCUA